AUGGCAUCUUUUCACGGAAAACAUAUGCCCAAAGACACCCAAAUUAUUGCUUCGAUCAUGAAAGAUUUAGGAAUCAAUGAUUAUGAUCAACAAGUCUUAAAUCAUCUUUUAGAAUUUAACUAUAGAUACACAACUUUACUUUUGGAGGAUGCCAAGACAUUUUCAAACUUUGCUAAAAAAAAAAAUGUUGAUGUGGAUGAUGUCAAAAUAGCUAUACAACUGGCUCAAGAUGGUGUAUUUUUUAGACCUCCUUCCCGUGAAGUAUUAAUGGCAGCUGCUCGUGAUGUAAAUAGGAUUCCAUUACCUAUGGUUAAAGCUUCUAGUGGAUUGCGAAUUCCUCAUGAUCGUUCUAACUUUUUGCAAACAAACUACAGACUCAAAAGUGAUUUGGUUUCUAGUGCAAACAUACAUAAGUCAGAUAUCAAAACAACAGCUGCAGAAAUGUUAGAAGCAUCCAGAAAAAUAGAAAUGGAGGAUAGUGUUUAUACACAAUCUGAUCAAAUUAUGAACAAUUCAAUAGAUUUUGACUUGCAAGAAAUAAUUGAAAAUCGACCGAAUAGUCAAGAAAACGUUGGAGAAAAUGGCAAAGACGAACUUAUGGAAACUCAGACUUAUGAAGACCGCUCUUUUUCUGAUAGUCAUCUCAAUGAUUCAGUAAAGCAACUUGGUGAUUUGUAAUUUUCAUUAAAUAAAUGAAGCUCAUACAAUAUUUAUAUAAAUGCAAAUCAAAUACUAUAUUAUUAUAAUU